GAGAAAUAAAGAAAUGUAUAAAAUUAAAGAUUAAAAUGAAACGGUCUCAGAGCCUACCCUCUCCAAACUACAGACAGGAGAAAAAUAGAAGAGUAAUUCCGCACAAGGUUGACCCACUUGAGGAAGAAUUAAUUCGAGCAGUACUUAUGUACAAAACUGAUAAAAGUACUGUACACCGCAGAGCAGAAAUGUUAAUGAAUUAUAAUCAGAUUGUGAGUCGAGGUAUUCUAAAAGAAAUCAAUCAACUGGUUUCCCUACUUCAGAGGCUGGGCUGUAUCUGGUUAGAUCUGGAUAUCCAAGAAAUAUUAAAUCGUCUGGUUAACUCUGCACAACAAAUUCAAAAGUUUAGUGUUAGCCUGGAGAGUCGAUGUUUUUAUCUAGGAGAAAUCAGACAGGAGGAGAGAACUGUGCAUUUGGUUGAUAUAAUUACUAGAUACCUGGAAUCCAUUAAUACAUUAGGUUCGGAGAUGAGAAAGGAGAAAGAUGUUGCACAAAGUUUAGUUAAGAGUAACAAUAUCAAAUUUGAGUCUGAUCCUAACUACUCACAAAGAAAGCAAAGGUUAAGUCUGUGUGAAGAUUCACAGAAUAAGUCUGAAAAUGCCGCAAAACCAGAGCUUAGACAGUCAGAUAUUGAAAGUAGGACUGGGUCUACAAGAUUAUCAGUGGACUACUCAGCUAAAUUAAAGGAUGGAUCAGAUACAGAUAGAUCUGUCAAUCAUUCCUUCUCCAGGCAGUCUGAUCGACUGGACAGAUUAUCGUUAGAUCAUGGGAGACGAUCAAUUCAACUCAGAAGAAUUGAAGAUUAUUCAACCAGUAGAUCAGAUCCUGAACGAUCGACGGCGAUCAGACAAAGACGAAGUUUGUUUGAAAACAAUCGGGAAAGAUAUUGUCUCGAGUUUUUGCCAGAAGAGCCAAUGAUCGAAGAUUUCGAUAUUCAAAGGAAAGCCUCGAAAAAGGUUUCGAUUGCCGAGAACUUAAAUUGUGAUUACAGUGACGAAUCCAAUGAGCAUUCAGAAACAGACUGUAAAGAGGAAGAGAUGGUUUUUGAACUGGGAAAUCAUAAAAGCAUAGAGAGUUAUAUUAAACAAAUUGUUUUCAUUAUUUUAUCUAUUUUUAUCUAUUAUUUUUUCUCAAAUAUAUUUAAGUUUUAG